AUGCACCAACUGAUGGGUGACGCGCAGGGCCUAUCCAACCCAUCUGGAUUUGUGUCGGCGUCCGCGUCGGCUCCCCCCGCCAAUGUGACCGACUCGCCGAUUGAUGGCCUCCUUCAUAUGCCUCUGGAUGAAAGUCAAGAAGAGGAGGCAGAAGAGUUUGUUCAUCCAUGGGUGAAGCUUCAGCAGCAUAUCAACCACAGCAAGCGGCGCCUCGCCAAGAUGAAGGAAAUUGAGGAACCUAGUGACGGUGAGCUCCAAGAAGCUAUACAGCGUCGACAGAGUAUUGUGGAAGAAGAGCUGCGCACCCAAGGUGACUCGCUGCCCGAGUUCCGCCCUCCUCGUGUGAAGCAGAUGCCUAGAGGUGAGGUACUGGAUGAAGCGCCAGAGUCGAUUGUGCGUGUGAGGCACUUCGGUUCGGGCACGUAUCGCCCGUCCUCGGACCGCCGGUCUUCCGGCGGCAACGAGUUGCUGCGUGGCGAGUUCCAAGCUCGAGAUGGUUAUUCGUCAACCGAGGCUAAGGCGGAAAGCCAGUACUCUGUGACGAACGCCCAGCAGGUCUCCGCAUCUGACUCAGCCGGUCUGUCGAUUGAAGCCAACGAUGUGGGCUACUUUGUAAAUGUCAAGAUCGGAACGUCCAACACCCAGUACAAAAUGCUCGUGGACACAGGGUCUUCGGACACUUGGAUUACCGGCAUGAACUGCAAGUGCGGUGGCUCGAGCCGCAACAAGUUCGGCAAGUCGUCUUCCAACUCGCUCCAGACCAGUAACGACCAAUACAAGAUUUCGUAUGGCACUGGCGAUGUUUCAGUCCAGCUAGGCACGGACUCAUUUGAAGUCGCGGGUUUAAAGCUGGACAAAUUCACAUUCGGUAUGGCAAGCUCAGAGUCCAACGACUUCGGUGCAUCAAAAAUUCCAUUUGAUGGUCUGCUGGGCCUGGGUGGUUCCGGUCUCAGUGUGACUAAGAAGGACACCUUUAUUGAUGCACUGAAGAAGGCGAACAAAGUCAAGGCACCGAUUGUUGGCUACCGUCUCGGGCGGGCGGCCGACGGGUCAGGUAACAACCGUGGACAAAUCACGUUUGGAGGCAUAGACGAAAGCCAAAUUUCUGGGUCACUAACACAGAUGGAUAAUGAAUCGAGCAAGGGCUACUGGGAGGUGAAGAUGGAUAGUGUGUCUGUGGGUGGUAAGAAGGUGAGCGGGAGCUCAUCUGCCAUCCUCGAUACAGGUACGUCCCUCAUCAUCGCGCCGCAGGAUGCGGCCGAUGCCAUACACCAAGCCAUCGAUGGUGCUAAGCCGGAUGGAAAUGGCGGAUACACGUUGCCAUGUACCACGAAGGCGCGCCUCAGCUUUACGUUUGCUGGUACGUCGUUCACGAUGGACUCGCGCGACCUGCUCUUUGCGCCGAAAGACUCGAACAAUUUGCAGGGCACGUGUGUCAGUGCUGUCUCGACCGGGUCCACGAUGGAUAACGCCGGCUGGCUGCUGGGUGCCGCCUUCUUGAAGAACGUCUACUUUGCCACCAACUCUGAUGCUAACCAGGUCGGCCUCGGUCAGCUAAACCAGUAA